CUUAUUUAUGACUGCAUACUUCAGGCGUGCAUACUUUCAGGGAGAAAAGCCGCCGACAUAUACUCAAUAGCCAUCUUGCUGUGCUUCCCGGUUAAAAUAGUCCCGGCUCAGCUAAAGCUCUGACGGGAGCUCAGUCAGGCCUUUCCUCUGGGGCGGCUCCCCUCCCCGCGCGGAAGAGGAGGCGCCAACCGCCUUCGACGCGAGCAAAGGCGGGCGGGCCCGCGUUUCAACCCGGCUUUGCGCCGCGCUCCGAGGGGCUUAGCCGGUGCGGGCAACCGAGCGGGUCGGCGGAGACCAUGUCCGGGGCGCGAAGAAGAGGCGCGGGAAAUUCUCUCGCCGGCUUCAGGCGGGGCGCGGGCGACGGCGCUGCGGCGGUGCCCCAGGGGCUGAUCCGGACGGCGCGGAAGAGUGGCCAGUUGAACCUCUCUGGCCGCGGGCUGACCGAAGUCCCUCCACAUGUAUGGCGAAUAAACUUGGAUACUCCAGAAGAGGCGAAGCAAAACCUUUCCUUUAGUGCUGAUGAACGGUGGUGGGAGCAAACCGAUCUCACCAGACUAAUAUUAUCUUCGAAUAAACUGCAGUGUCUUUCUGAUGAUCUAAGACUGUUGCCUGCUCUCACUGUAUUGGAUGUGCAUGAUAAUCAACUGACAUCUCUUCCUUCUGCUAUAGGAACACUGGAAAAUCUCCAGAAACUUAAUGUGAGCCAUAAUAGACUAACAGAUAUACCGGAGGAGCUUACGCAACUAAAACAUUUAAGAAGUCUACUUCUGCAGCACAAUGAAUUAAAUCAGUUGCCUGAUGAAUUAGGACAGCUUAUUAGUUUGGAAGAGUUGGAUAUUUCCAACAACCGUAUUUCUAGUAUCCCAACAAGUUUUCGUUUUCUAACAAAUUUGGUGCAGCUCAAUUUGACUUGUAAUCAUUUGAAGAGCCUGCCAGCAGAAAUCAGUGCAAUGAAAAGUUUGAGACAGCUUGAUUGCACAAAAAACUAUCUGGAAACGAUACCUCCUGAAGUGGCCAAUAUGGUAUCAUUAGAGCAGCUUUAUCUAAGGAGAAAUAAAUUGCGUUACUUGCCAGACCUUCCUUCAUGUAAAUUUUUAAAGGAGUUGCACGUUGGUGAAAAUCAGAUUGAAGUGUUAAAACCUGACCAUCUGAAACAUCUGAAUUCUUUGUGUGUAUUGGAACUAAGAGAUAAUAAGCUAAAAUCGCUGCCUGAUGAAAUAACCCUGUUACAGGGGUUAGAGCGACUAGACCUAUCCAACAAUGAUAUUAGUAGCCUUCCUUCCAAGCUAGGAAACCUGUCUCAGCUGAAGUUCUUGGGGCUGGAAGGAAACCCUUUAAGGACAAUCCGAAGGGAUGUUGUACAAAAAGGGACGCAAGAAAUUCUGAAAUACCUUAGAAGUAAAAUACAAGAUGAUGACAUAAUUGGUCCAAAUGGAGAAUUUCCUGUGACAGCAAUGACUCUGCCAAGUCAGUCAAAAAUUAAUCUGCAUGCUAUAACUGCAUUAAAAACAUUGGACUAUAGUGAAAAACAGGCAGCUGUAAUUCCAGAUGAAGUGCUGAAUGCAGUUGGAACCAAUCCAGUCACUACUGUAAAUUUCAGCAAGAAUCAGCUGACUGAAAUUCCAAUAAGAAUUGUGGAACUAAAAGAAUCAGUCUCUGAUAUCAAUUUUGGUUUCAACAAGCUCUCGUCUAUUUCUCUGGAGCUCUGUAUGCUUCACAGACUGACACAUUUGGAUAUUAGAAAUAACAUUUUGACAUCUCUGCCUGAUGAAAUGGAAGCACUGACAAAACUGCAAAUAAUUAAUCUUGCCUUUAACAGAUUUAAAAUAUUUCCAAAUGUGCUGUAUCACAUUCCAACUCUUGAAACAAUCCUCCUUGCUAAUAAUCAGGUUGGAUCCCUGGACCCUCUGCAAAUAAAGAAGUUGGACAGGCUUGGUACCCUAGAUCUUCAAAAUAAUGACCUCUUACAAGUACCACCAGAACUUGGGAACUGUGUCAAUCUCAGAACACAAUGCAAUAAUGAAGACCAUGAGCAAAGGAAAAAAUGGAACUGAAAAUAUUCAACAGCAAUUCCUAAAGGAAGAAAAAAUGUUUUGUGAAAGUGUAAGUCACUAUUUGAGUUCCAUCUUAAUUUUGCCCCAAAAGUACAUGAAAGCUGUAAACAUGGAAAAACCGAAUCAAUGUUACUAAACACUGUUGCUGUUGACAAUGAUACAUUCUGAACAUUAGCAGGGAUUAGCAUUUUGCUUAUAUUUCUGUGAUUUGCAUGAUUAUUUCUUAGAGAGGCAUGUAUUGCAGUCAGACACAGAACUCAGUACACUCACAAGUUAGCUCUGUACAACGCUGAAACUACUGGUUUUAGUUUGGUAAAUGGGUAGGCACUGCUGCUGCAAGAAAAGGAAGCAGAGAGUGGUAGGAUAAAGAACACUAUCCUUUGUGGAACAUAGCUUUCAUUCCAGAUAUCCUAGGCACAAGGUUUAUAAUAGGUUUUUGUUUUUAAAUUAACUACUGUUCCAUCUUUUAUUUAUAAAUUGGUCACAAGCAGGGCUUUUUUUCCAGCCAGAACUCACUGGAACUCAGCUCUGGCACCUCUCAGGUGGGUGCCAUUGCCAUCAUAAGAGAAGAAAGGAGGCGUUCAUGGUGAGUUCCAGUAUCUCUUUUUCUAGAAGAAACGGCACCGGUCACACAGGGCACCAUCCAGAGGGACUUGAUGCAACCAGUGUAGCUAAGAAGUCUGCCCUUUUUUGGGAAACAUUUCUCAUCUAGUCUCACUGCACAGCAAUUUCUGGGCGAGUUACAACAAAACAGUUUCAAAUUCACAAUACAGUUACUAAAAUGAGGCAUAGAGCCAGCCACCUAAAAAUAACAAUACUGGCAUCAGAUCUUGCUAUGUGCCUGUGUGAAUUACCAGAUAUCUAAAACUUAACAAGAUUUAGGUAUCAUGGAGGGGUGGUGUUGGUUCCAAAAUGGAAGCAUCAUCACUGAAAAAGCGUGUGAUGCUUUGAUGGGAGAUCACAUGGAAACAAGAUGUAUGCUGACUUGAGUUCCAUGAGGGAAGAAAGAGAUUAGUGUAGUGGCAAACCCAGUAACGGCAGAAGUUACAUUUUGACUACCUAUAUUUGUAGUCAUAGGGUUUCUGCAAUUGCUGCAGCACGUGGCUAUAAGCAGAACACAUGACUUUGAGUCUUAAUUAUGGUGGUUGCCUGAGUUAUCUGGUGGUCAUGUGUUAUAGCUCAUAUAUAAAUUAAAAUUUGCAUAUAGGUAAGAACAAUGGUUCCAAACCAAGAAGCUUUUGAAUUUAUUAAUGCAUGCAAUUGUAAGAGCAGACGUCUAUACUGCAAGAGGCAUUGGGGCCCCCUCUUACGGGAGAAAAGCACAUGACUCUUGCCAUCUACCGUUUUAAACAAAUACUUUGAGUUUUUCCUCACAAGUGUAUGUUCUGCCUGCCUGCAUAGAUACAUAACAAGCUUGUGUCACUGCCUCCAUGUAGUGAUGCUCCAUACACAUUAUGUUUUCCUGAACAGCUGUUGUGCUGAAUUGAAGGAAUGUCAGCCUUUCCCUUUAUUUUACUUACAGUGUAGCUCUAAUGUGAGAGUUGGUAAAUAAACCUUUAAGAACUGUUGCUAACGGAACUGGUGCCAUGGCAACCAAUGCAGCAGAGUCAAAUUCUAAAGAAGUGUAGAAUAAAUGUCAACUUUUGGAUUUCACUGUAUUUUUAAAUCAUUAUCAAAAAUGAAAACAAAUGAAUUUUAAAACAUAGGAUCCCCAUCUGGAUAGGAGGACUAGUAAGUUUCAUAGCAUUUGAAGUUUUAGAUCAUUGAUCUGGGAUUCAAAGAUCACUACAGGCCCACAGCAUGCAAAAGAAAUAACAUCUUAUUCUCCAUUCUUGCUACGAAACAAAGAGCAAGAACAUAUGAUUCCCAGGCCAUCUCCCUGGCUUCCAACUUUAUCCCCACUUGUUAAUUAAGCAACCUGUCAUCAUUAUCUGAUUUGAUAAAACAGUUGAGCUGAAACCACAUUCUGUUUAGUCAUAAGGCUAUCCUGAGUUAUUUUAUGGUUUUAUAUUUCAUUGCCAACUGUCUUGAACCUAGGAGAAGGUGUCAUAUAAAUAUUUUAAAUAGUUUAAUUAUAAUGUAUAUUCAGAAACGUUAUUGCUUGUGUAAAGUGCUAAGAGAACUGAAUUACAUUAGGGCUAAACCACCUUUAAUUAGCUACAGUAAUGGUUCUUCUAUUGAUAAUAUUAAGAUAUUUGCACACUCUUCCCCUUCAUUAACUGUCACCUUGUGGAUUACCUCCUACACAUAUUUCAUCAAAUAAAGCAUGUUGUUCAUUAA